UUGCAAAACAUAUCAGCUUUGACUCGUUUUUAGUUUUUUCUCUAAACAAUGCACAACUUGAAUUUUUCACUGUCGUCUACAUAAAUUCUCCAUUACUAUCGAAAACUACCAAUCGAGAGAAUUUUUGGUUUUUAAUUUUAGUUAGAAAAGAAUAAAAUAAAAUGUCUGGAACACGUUCACGCAUUAAUAUCUAUGUGCCGACGGUUAAUCGCUUUCCGGAAUUGCGUGUGAACGGAGGCGGAGGAUUUCGGGGACAUGAUGCAGUAACUGCAACAGUUGAAGGACUGCCAUCAUUGGCUGGUGCAAAGACGCAGACGACAACAACGAAGGAAGCAACGAUGAUGAUGAUGGCUGGCGAUGAGGCGGCAGCCGCUGCUGCUUUGGGGGAGGAGCUCGGUGUGGUGGGGGGCAGCGGACGUUCGCUGUAUGUUAUCGAUAGCCAGGGACGUCGAUUGGAGCAUGUGCGUUACCAGGGCGACGAUUAUCGUUAUGCUUUACGCGCUGCCAUCAAUGCCAUGCCCACAAAUUGGAAGGAGUAAUCUCCCCUCUCUCCCGAGCAAUCAAACCAAUCAGCAAGCCUUUUGGACCCGAAAGAAGAAUACUAUAAUAUGCAUAUGCAUGUGUGUGUAUAAAUUUGCAGUUUCAAUAAUCAUUCAACAUCCAUCAAAGGAUUCAGCCUCAGCUGUGCUGAUUUUAUAUCCUCACAAUAUUCCCAUAAUCCCUGACUACACACACACACACACACAUUUUCAUAUAUUAAAAAUUGGCACAAAAUUUCGCUCAGUUAAAAAAUGUAUCCUAUAGUUGUUGAAUCUAA